GGAGGGGUGGGGGACAGGCAGCAGCACUCAAGCUGCUAUGAUGUGGAGACACCCAAAGUGCAGCUUGUGUCUUUGUCAGUGAACUGGAUGAGGGGACUGAGGCACACUCAGUAAAGCUGCAGGUGAUGCCAAGCUGGGAGGGAGAGAUGAUCAGCUGGAGGAUAGGGAAGCUCUGCAGAGGAAUCUGGACCAGCUGGAUCAAUGGGCUGAGACCGGUGAGGUUUUCAACACCACUGUUGAAAAUAGGAAAGGAGCACCUUUGCAGGAUUUGCUUCCAAGCUUCACUGGGAAAAGAGGCAGCUUCUUAAACGAGCGGAAGGUGCAAUGGAUUUACUGAAGGAACUCAAAAGUAUGCCUAUGACUUUGGAUUUGCUGCAGUCCACUCGCAUUGGGAUGUCUGUGAAUGCUCUGAGGAAGCAGAGCACAGAUGAAGAAGUGAUAGCUCUGGCCAAAUCCCUCAUCAAAUCUUGGAAGAAGCUUCUAGAUGCUUCUGAGGAGAAGAGUGAGGAGAGAAAGAAAAGCCUGUCCUUGCCAACCUCUUCCUCAAAGGAGACCAGUAACUCCAGAGACCAAAGCUCCAAUAAGAGGCAGGAGCCUCCAAAGACUCCAACCACCCCCAAAAUCACCACCUUCCCUCCUGCCCCCGUCACCUGCGACGCCGUGCGCAACAAAUGCAGGGAGAUGCUGACAGCAGCUCUGCAGGCUGAUGAUGACUACGUGGCCAUUGGUGCUGACUGUGAGCACAUAGCAGCCCAGAUUGAAGAAUGCAUCUACCAGGACGUGAAGAACACAGACAUGAAGUACAAGAACCGCGUCAGGAGCCGCAUCUCCAACCUGAAGGACUCCAAAAACCCUGAGCUGAAGAAGAAUGUCCUGUGUGGGGCCAUUACCCCUGAGCAGAUUGCAGUGAUGACCUCAGAGGAAAUGGCCAGUAAUGAGCUGAAAGAGAUCAGGAAAGCCAUGACCAAGGAAGCAAUCAGAGAGCAUCAGAUGGCCAAGACAGGAGGGACUCAGACUGAUCUCUUCACCUGUGGGAAAUGCAAGAAGAAGAACUGCACCUACACCCAGGUGCAGACCCGCAGCUCAGACGAGCCCAUGACCACCUUCGUCGUCUGCAACGAGUGUGGCAAUCGCUGGAAGUUCUGCUGACCUGUGCCACGGCCUGAGAGCAGCCAGCAAAGACAGAGCAGAGCAUCACCUCCACCUGCCAGCUCCCACUGCAGUUGUCUUUUGUGUCCCAAAGUGAGUUUUGCCAUUGUCACACAUGCUGAGCAAGGUGGCUGUGGGGGAGGCCUCAAGUGGAGAAGCCCCAGCUGAGGGCUGCUUUUUUGGCAGGAGAGCUCACUGAACACAGUCCUCCUCUUCUCAUCCACACCAGUAUGGGCACUUCUUUUCUUCAAAACUAAUAUUAAACAUUUUUUGUCAGUUUCUGACUUUUAUUUGA